AUGGGUCGUGGAGGUAUGAGUUGUGAAAUGAAAACAAUACGUUGUAUUAUGGUAUUGUUCAAUAUUAUCUUCUUUUUGAUUGGUGCUUUACUUCUUGCACUUGGCAUAUAUGUUAUGGUUGAUCCAAGAUUUCAAAAACUAAAAGAAUUUUUACCACUUAAUACAAAUCCUGGAAUUGAAAAAGGUUUAUCAUAUCUUGAAAUGAUGGCAAUUGUUAUUAUUGUUUUGGGUUCAAUUCUAUUAAUCAUUGGAUUUCUUGGAUGUUGUGGUGCAAUGAAACAAGUAAAAUUAUUUCUAACAUGUUAUGCAAUUAUUGUUGGACUUAUUAUAGUAUUUGAAAUAGCAAUUACAAUCUAUUUUAUUGUAUUUCAAUCAAAUUUUAAAGAGAAAUUUGUACCGAAAUUACAAGAUUCAAUUAAAAAUACAUAUGAAGGACCACUUGGUUUAAUGGGUAGCGAUGGACCAAAACCAACACCAGUUUCAUUAGCUUGGGAUUUUAUUAUGUACAAUUUUAAAUGUUGUGGUGUUGAAGGUAAGUCUGAUUUUGAUGGAACAAUAAAAUGGAAUCGUACAAAUCCAUGGGGUACUCCAUCAUUACCUGAAACUAUGGCAUUUCGUUAUCCAUUAACAUGUUGUCCACUUCAAAAUGUUCAACCAGAUUGGAAUAAUUUACCUGUUGAUCAACUAAAAGAUGUUGCUUAUUGUGCUGCUUCAGGAAAGGAUGUCUAUGAAACAGGUUGUUAUCAAAAGCUAGUAGAUUUACUUAAUUCUACUAGAACUUGGGUUAUUGUCAUUGCUGUUAUUAUUUUAGUUAUUGAAUUACUUACUUUUAUUUUUACAUUGGCUUUAUGUUGUCGUCAUAAGAAAGAUACGAUAUAUUAUUCAUCAUAA